UUCCUCGCCGGAUGAGACAGGAGACUUCCCAAACAGUUUAAAGACAUUUAUCAGCUUAAUCAGAAGUUUUGUUUCGCAAUAUGUCAUACUUUUACGUCUGAGUAGUUAAUUAAUGUUACGUUUCAACAUUUUAUUUUCGGAUGAAUGUUAGACUAGCAAACUAGCGUUAGCAUCAGUAGUGUGGACCAUGGCGGCUGUUGACAGCUUUCAGUUUUUGUACAGAGAACUUUCUCGGUCGUGCAGCUCUUACUUUGAGACCCUGGCCCUUGUCGGGGCUCUUUACACGGCCAAUAGGGCAGUCAUUCUGCUGAGUGACUGUUGCACGUUGGUUAGGGUUCAUUUCUUACCGAGAAUGAUCCCAUCCAAGAAGCUGGCCCAGAGAUAUGGUGACUGGGCUGUCAUUUAUGGUGCAUCUGAGCCUGUAGCUAAAGCAUAUGCAGAGGAGUUGGCCAGGCACGGCAUCAACAUAAUCUUUGUCACUCAGGACAACACCUCUGUUAGAGACAUCGCUGCAUCCAUCUCCCAAAGCUACGGGGUAGAAACUGCUGUCAUCUCAGCUGACUUCUCUCUGGGCCAUGCAGCGAGCAAGCCCAUCAAAGAGGCGAUAAGGGGUAAAGAUAUCGGCUUCUUGGUGAACUGUUUGGAUGAAUCCUUGACCUCCCCUCAGAGCCUGAUUGAAAUGUCUGAGCAUGGCCUCUUGGAUCAAGUGAAUAAGAACGUCACAGUUGCUACUCUGAUGACCCGACUGGUACUGCCAGGAAUGGUGGAGCGCAGCAGAGGAGCUGUUGUCAAUAUAUCAUCAGGUGCUUGCUGUAGACCUCUGCGUGGAAGAGUGACGCUCACCGCCUUCACAGGAUACUUGGAUCAUUUCUCAAGAGCUCUUCACUAUGAAUACAGCAGCAGAGGGAUCUUCAUUCAGAGUCUGAUCCCCUUCCAGAUAGCCUCAAGCAGGCUGCAGCCAUCGUCAUCUUACUCUUCACUAUCAUUAAGAGAAGGCUGGUUUGUUCCAAAGCCAGAGGUUUAUGCUCGCCAUGCCAUCUCUACGCUGGGCAUCUCAAGCAGAACCACCGGCUACUGGCCUCAUACGCUGCAGUACGGACUGAUGAGGUGCAUUCCAGAGUGGGUUUGGGUUCUGGGAUCGCGGGUGCUCAGUGCCAGCUAAGAGCUUAUUGAACAGCGCAUACUGGGUCUUGUUACUUGAGUCAUGUUGAUUUUCAUUUUCCAAAUCAUCCAGUGCCAUCAAGGUUUGUCGUAAAAAGAAAUUGGCUUCUAUUUCUUAAAAAACCUACAGAAAUAAAUCUUGAUUAUAAUCUACCCAAUCCUAAAUGUUUCAAGGAAAAUAAACAGCAUGGUAACAAGGUUCCUAAGGUUUUCAGAAAUGAGCUUGAAUAAUGGUUGCAAAGACAAAAAGAAAGCAAUGCUGUUUGCACAUGCACAAAAAUUAUAAAAAAAAACUACUAAAUUGAAGUAAUAAGGAAACAGUAUUGUAUAGUCAUUAUUCUGAAGUAAGAAAAUGUAUUUUAACUGCCAAAAAUCCACUUUUUACUUCAUUCCUGUGUGAACGGAGUUGAACUAAACAAGCUCUGAUAUUUAAAGAAGCGUGUGCUGUCAGCUUUAACCAAGUUUGGCACACAUCAGUAUUUCUCAAAAAAACACAAAAAACGUAGAGUGACGUAUGAAAAAGAUCCAUAAUGCAACAUCACAUCCUCUUACAAAGCCAGUGUAACUCUGAGCACACUGUGCUUGUUAUGUCUUCAGCUUAUCUGGCUCACUGGUGUAAAGUUAAGUCAAGCAUGGGUCAAAGAGCUACUAUACAUUCUUGCAUUUAGAGUGUUUACAGGCAGGUAUUGGUGUGUGAAGAUGGAGAGUGAAAGCGUUUGAUGAAUGUAGCUAAAUACGGGGUUCCAGCGUUGCCUGGAGAGUUAUUUAAAAUGCAGUGAAGAGUGAUAUUGUGGUGUUUCGUUGAGAAGUUGCAUCAAAUAUUUGCUGAUGUUGCUCUAAAAUUAUAUUUAGUAAAAAUUGAAUAAACUGUUAAGUUAUUGUGAAACUAUUGAAUGUUAUUGCAGUUUAGGAUUAGACCAAUAAAUAAAACCUGUCUUCCA